ACUCCGAAUCGGAGUUUAAACGUUGCCUGAUCCUAACCUAACCUUAAAAGUUGCCUAUCUCUGCAGGGAAGUGCAGUGUUUUUAUUAAUUACUUUGAAAUAAAAGUAAUUCAUAAAGAUGCCAACAUACGAAAUGCCACUAUUAUUACGAAUCAUGAAACAGUCGGAAUAUGCAAAUGUUUUGAGGAGAGUGGCAGAUAAUAUAUUUGAUAAAGGUGGAUUCAUUAGGAAAAUUGAAAAUUGGGGAGAAAAAGAACUUCCAUGCAAGGCAAGGAGUAAUGGAAAAGUCUAUAAAGAAGCUUGUCAUUUCCUAUUUUGCUUUGAUGUUCCACCAUCCUCGUUGAAGAAUAUAAAAGAUGAUUAUUCGAGAGAUAUAGAUAUUGUAAGAGCAUCUAUAUAUAAUAAAAUUGUACCAAACUCAGAUAAGGAAUGCACAUUAAAUGAAGAACUAUUACCUGCACCUUAUAGGCCUAAUGUGCAGAAAUUAUUACAAUUAGCUAAAAACCAAAAGAGUAAGAAAAAUGAGUUCAAGUACAAUUCUGGGCUUGAUUAUUAUCCUUUCUUGAGAUAAGCAAGGUAUUCGUUGUUAUUUAUUACAUAAUAUAGUAUUUUGUAUAUAUCGACCAGGAA